AUGUACAGAUGACUGACUAAGGUUCUCGGCACCAUUCUUCGCUUGUGUGAGAAGCGCCUGGCGCCCGGGGCCCGCGCCCUGCUCUAGAGGCGGCGCUCCAUCAGCUCUCUGUUUUCUACUGCAGUGGACACUGAUGAAAUCCCAGCUAAAAGACCAAGAUUAGAUUGCUUCACUCACCAAGCGAAGAACAGUCUCUACAAUGCAGCCAGCUUAUUUGGAUUCCCAUUCCAGCUGACCACCAAAACCAUGGUGUCUUCUGCUUGUAAUGGAACACGGAAUGUGGCCCCUUCAGGAGAGGUAUUCUCGAACUCUCCCUCUUGUGAACUGAUGAGUCCUGGAUCCUGCAGCAGCAUGCUGAAGCUGGAUAAUAAAUCUCCUAAUGGAAUACGUGACUAUCCAAAGAUCAGAGUGACAGUGGCCCGAGAUCAGCCACGGAGAGUCCUGCCUUCCUUUGGUUUUACAUUGAAAUCAGAAGGCUAUAAUAGAAGUCCAAGUGGCCGUCGCCAUAGCAAAAGCAAUCCAGAGAGUUCCUUAACGUGGAAACCUCAGGAGCAAGGUGUAACAGAGAUGAUUUCUGAAGAGGGUGGCAAGGGUGCGAGGCGUCCCCAUUGCACCGUGGAGGAGGGUGUCCAGAAGGACGAAAGAGAAAAAUACCUAAAGUUAUUGGAGCGUCUAAAAGAAGGUGCUCACGGAAGCACUUUUCCUCCUGCAGUUUCGCAUCAUAGUUCUCAGAGAAUUCAGAUGGACACAUUAAAGACCGAAGGCUGGAUAGAAGAGCAGAAUCAUGGAGUCAGAACAACCCAUUUUAUUCCAAAACAGUAUAGAGUUGUUGCAACAAGAGGACCUCUCUGUUCUGUGAGAAGUGACAAGAGGUAUUCAAAAGGAAAAGCUGACACAGAGAAGGCGGAGGGACUCCGAUUUGAAAAGGAUGGUACAAGAGGACACCAGUUGGAGCCUGAUCUAUCAGAAGAAGUGUCUGCCCAGCUUCGCCUGGGAAGUGGAAGCAAUGGCUUACUCAGAAGGAAAAUAUCAGUGCUUGAGGCAAAGGAAAAGAACUUCCCAAGCAAAGAGAAGGACAGAAGAACAGAAGAUCUCUUUGAACUUACAGAGGACAUGGAAAAGGAAAUCAGUAAUGCCCUGGGCCACGGCCCUCCAGAUGAGAUUUUGAACAGCGCUUUCAAGUUACGAAUCACCCGUGGAGAUAUCCAGACCUUAAAGAACUGUCACUGGCUCAAUGAUGAGGUAAUUAAUUUUUAUAUGAAUCUUUUAGUGGAGAGGAGUAAAAAGCAAGGCUAUCCAGCACUUCAUGCACUCGAUACAUUCUUCUAUCCUAAGUUAAAGUCUGGAGGUUACCAAGCAGUGAAAAGAUGGACCAAAGGGGUGAAUCUCUUCGAUCAAGAACUUGUUCUGGUUCCUAUUCAUCGGAAGGUACAUCGGAAGGUGACGGACCAAAGAAAAAGGUGUCUUAAAUAUCUGGAUUCUAUGGGACAAAAAGGCCACAGGAUCUGUGAGAUUCUUCUUCAGUAUUUACAGGACGAAAGCAAGACCAAAAGAAAUACAGAUCUCAAUCUCUUAGAGUGGACCCACUACAGCAUGAAGCCACAUGAGAUUCCUCAACAGUUGAAUGGGAGUGAUUGUGGAAUGUUUACUUGUAAAUACGCAGAUUAUAUUUCUAGGGACAAACCUAUCACAUUCACUAAGCAGAAGAUGAUGUGGGAAAUCGUUCACCAGCAGUUGCUGUGA